GGCGGGGAGCACCGCCUCAAAGGGUGCAACCUUGAUUUCCCAGAGGACGAGUCUGUCUCAACAUCUACGUCAUUCCGCAGCCUCUGCUGCCGCCAUCUUUGUUGGGGCUGACAACCUGCAAGCCAAGAAGUACGAGAAGAGCCAGGCGCGGGUGGCUCACGCCUGUAAUCCCAGCACUUUGGGAGGCCGACACGGGUGGAUCACCUGAGGUCAGGAGUUCGAGACCAGCCUGACCAACGUGGUGAACCCGUCUCUACUAAAUACAAAAUAUUAGCCGGGCGUGGUGGCGCGUGCCUGUAGUCUCAGCUACUCGGGAGGCUGAGGCAGGAGAAUCGCUUGGACCCGGGAGGCGGAGGUUGCAGUGAGCCGAGAUUGCGCCUCUGCACUCCAGCUUGGGCGACAAGAGCUAAAACUCUGUCUCCAAAAAAAAAAAAAAAAAAGUACUAGGAAAAAGUCGCAGUAUCGCCAGAGCCAGGAAUACAGACAGAGCGAGCUGAGAGGGAGCGCGCGCACGAGCGAGGAGAGCGAGAGCGCGCGCGCCGAUGACGUCACUCUCGGCGUCUCCGCCAUCUUGGCUGUAGACAGAGGCGGCAACUCGGGCAGUGCGGCCGAGAUGCAUCCAGAGCAUUUGUGACCGGGGACUAUUCUGAAGCAGGCCUUGUGGAUGAUAUAUCUGAUUUGUCAUCUUCUGAGAUGCUGACACUUCAACAUUGGCUUUCAUUCUAUGAGAAGAAUUACGUAUGUGUUGGAAGGGUGAUAGGACGCUUCUACGGAGAGGAUGGGCUGCCUACCCCGGCACUGACCCAGGUGGAAGCCACGAUCACCAGAGGCUUGGAGGCAAACAAACUAGAGCUGCAAGAGAAGCAGACGUUCCCGCCGUGCAACGCGGAGUGGAGCUCAGCCAGGGGCAGUCGGCUCUGGUGCUCCCAGAAGAGUGGAGGCGUGAGCAGAGACUGGAUCGGUGUCCCCAGGAAGCUAUAUAAGCCAGGUGCUAAGGAGCCCCGCUGCGUGUGUGUGAGAACCACUGGCCCCCCUAGUGACCAGAUGCCGGACAACCCACCACACAGAAAUCGUGGGGACCUGGAUCACCCAAACUUGGCGGAGUACACAGGCUGCCCACCUCUGGCCAUCACAUGCUCCUUCCCACUCUAGCUGUAGCCUUUUCUGUUGAUAACACACAGAGAGCUCUGCCGAGAACCUGAGUAGGCCCUUGACACUUGUGUGCCCUGGGAUGCCCCCUGGCACAAAUCAGGAGGGUCUGGAAGGACUCUGGCUAUAUUCUGCAAAUGUGGCUCAUGCCCCUCACUGUGGCUCAGCGUUGUGGUGCCUGAGGGACAGCCGGCCACCUGCCCAGUACUGGUCAGCGUUUCACCACUAUUCCCCUUGACCUACUGGCCAUCUUCCUCAGAGCCCUCAGAUACCAGUGGGCGCAAAUAUGACCAACUCCAUUUCCACUUGAAUUUACAACCAAAAGCCUGCUGGGUUGGUUACAGCUGGGCCAGCACAGUAAGAGGCAAUAACAAAUUAGCAUGGGUUGAUUCUGGACUUGGAAAAGCUUUUGCUUGUAUGGAUACGGCAAAUCCAGAUGUCUCUGAACAAAGCAACAAUUUAAAGCAACGACAUUUUCUCUCCUUUAAACACUUAAAAUCAGGUGUGGUGUGUUUUCAAAGGCAGAAGUCUGCAUUUUGAGCAAAAGGUGGUUUCCCAGCUCUUACAAGGUAACUGGUUAGCAUGACAUUAAAGUUUGGGCAGGGCUGCAAACGUAA